AUGAGGUUCUUGAAGUAAAUACAUAAAUAUAAAUAUUAAUAUUUUUUAAAAGUAACCCGUUAAUUUGAUUAAAUUAACAGUUUUAUACGUGCUUUAUUUUGAAACUUGUGAACGCAACUUCCUGUUAGCUCUUCUAGCUUAAUGGCAGAUCCACGGUGCCGCAUCCCGAGCAGCCUGCUGAACCUCACCGGGGCUCCGUCGUUGUCACUGUGGACCACCAUAAUCUUGUACCUCGUUCCAGAGAAAUUAUCUUCUCCACGGAGCUGAAACAAAAAAUGGAUCUGCUGCCUGACCUCUGGAAACAGGAGUACUGGCUUCCUCCUGGUGUGACCUGGAAAGACAUGGAGCAGCUGGCAGACUCAGACAGACCUCAACCCAAGGAUCUCCUCGUAGCUUUGCCCCUUUCCUUGUGCUUUGUUGCCCUGCGUCAUGUUUUCGAGAGAUUUUUGGCCCCGCCCCUCUGCAGGUGGCUCGGGGUAAAAAAAAGAUCACAAAUAGCGGCUGCCCCCUCCCCACAGCUGGAGUCAUUUUACACCCAGAGGAGCAGACACCCAACACAGAAGGAGGUUGCUAGUUUAAUGCUCCUGUGCGGAAAAACCCAGAGGCAGAUUGAGAUGUGGUUCAGACGUCGUAGGAACCAAGACAGACCCUGUCAAACCAAGAAGUUUGGAGAAGCCGCCUGGAGGUUCUUCUUCUACCUCACAGCAUUUGUUGCUGGAUUAGUCAGUUUAUUUGAUAGACCCUGGUUCUGGGACCACAGGGAGUGUUGGAGGCAGUAUCCAUUUCAGCCCUUGGAGAGAGCUCACUUCUGGUACUAUAUGCUGGAGUUGGGCUUCUAUUUCUCUCUGCUCCUCCGGAUCUCCGUGGACAUCAAAAGGAAGGACUUUAAAGAACAAGUGAUUCACCACUUGGCCACCAUCAUCCUGCUCAGUUUCUCCUAUUGUGCUAAUUACAUUCGCAUUGGGACUUUGAUCUUGUUGCUUCACGACUCUUCUGAUAUCCUGCUGGAGUCUGCCAAGAUGUUCCACUAUGGCACCGGCUGGAAGAAGACGUGUGACUCUCUGUUUGUGGUGUUUUCUGUGGUUUUCCUUGUGACUCGGCUGGUUAUUUUCCCCAGCAAACUCAUUCGCGCUACCCUGUUACUAUCAAUGGAGGUGUUCGAGCCCUUUGUUGGCUAUUACUUUUUCAACAUCCUGCUGAUGGUGCUCCAGGUUCUUCACAUUUUUUGGGCUGGCUUAAUCCUACGCAUGGUUUUUAAGUUCUUGAAAGGCAAGCUGGAAAAGGAUGAACGCAGCGAUGAAGAAAGUGUUGUUGAAGAGGAGGAGAAUAGUGAAGAUGAAAACCUGGAUCAAAGGAGAGAUUGCUAUUGGGAAAAAAGCAAAGAAACUCUAAACUCCAGAUUUUCUGCGCUAACCAACAAUUGUGUCCUUAAUAACCUGACCCAUCAGAGGUUGUCUUUACCCAACAGGAUGGCUAAAUCUCAAUAAAGCGCUUCUACUUUAGGGUUUUUAACCUUUUAAAGGCACACCGUUAGUAAAAUUUUAUUGCACUAUUAUCA